AAGCUAAAUAACUCCAGAAAUACUGAUAAGGUAAAACCUGUACUGCUAAAAAUUUACUUUUCGAUAGAAACUCAUUUCAAACCUGAUUUCUUUAUAUUUUAAUUUGAUUCGAAAAAUUAAAAAUUUCUUUAUUUCAAGCCGAAUAUAACUGAGGGACAAAACUAAAAUUUGAAUUCAUCUUUCACCAUAAAACAAAAGUGUGAUUCUUAACAAAAAAAAAAUGAUCAAUCCCAAAAUAAAUAUGGAAUAAAUCAAGGAUGCUCCCACAUAUAUCUUGCAGUGAAACAUGGAUUUUCAAUUCAUUGAAAUUGUUGGUAGGGAUGAAUAUCAGCAGCUAUACAAAAAAUACAAACCACCAAGAUCUUUUCAUAUUGAGAAAUGCCAAAAAUGCAUUUGGAAAAUGUCUAUUUUUAAGUGCUUUUUCUUUAUCGCAAUCUAACCGGCACGUAUUUAUAGUUCUAAUAAUUUAGUAAUUCAUUUUUAGCUUUGAUGGAUAUUUAUAAAAAAAUAAUAUUAGUCAAGGCUAGACUAAUCUUGAUCGCAAAAGGGUGAAAGAAAUCCUCGUUUUUUCUGUGAAAAAACAACCUGCCGUCCGUAAUUAACCUUGUUUAGUUCUUCACCUGCAUUUGAUGUGAUUCAUUUUUUAGGCAAAUGCGCAUACCCUUCUGAUUUGACGCAGUUGUAAUGGGUUUGCAUCGGUGAUUUCAAUGUGUAAGUGGAAAGAGCAUAACGACCGAAGAUCAGAAUCGGUUUAUCCACCAGUUUGGUUGGGUUGGCAGUGGACUUAAAUUUAGAAUAUUUGGGAUUGAAUUUUGAAGAGAACCGCAAUGCAGAUCCAAACAUGCCCUACGUAUGAAUACGAUGAAAACCUACCGAAUAGGCAAAUGAUGAUGAUGCCGUCUCUUGCAUCAACAUCUCCUCCAACACCAGCCUACAUUCAACAUCCUAUUUCCAAAUUGGACACUUUAGCUGGCAUUGCAAUCAAGUAUGGUGUUGAGGUUGCGGACAUAAGGAAGGUGAAUGGACUUGUGACUGAUAUGCAGAUGUUUGCUCUCAAGACCCUUCACAUUCCACUUAAUGGAAAGCACCCUCAGCCAAGUUCUACAGGAUUCACUGAUGGGCAUAAACAUUGUUAUUCCUGCAGACAAGAUGAGACAGAGAAUAGUCCAGCUGAUAAUACAAGCUAUGAACUGUUUGAAUCUUUCCAGCCACUGAGAAGGAAGUCCUCCGAGCAUAAGCUCUCCUCAGUCCGGCGCUCUUUGCCAGGUCAGUACGGAGCUAAACCAAAAAUGAAGAAAUGCGCAUCUGAAAUCUUUAGCAUGGUAGAGUACGAAAAAAGGUCUUUUAAAUAUUCAGAAAAUGGUUCGUUCAACCAAAACUCACCAAUGUCCGGCAAAACUCUUGGUCACCACCGAAAUGCUCUUAGUUUGGCCACUGAUAGUUAUGAGAGGUCUGAUAUUAUGGCAGGUGUAGCAGACAGGAAAAGUAACCUUGAUAAAAGGAAUGCUACACUUAUCCGGAGGAAUCAUAAAUCUGAAGUUAACCUUCAGCGUAUUCCAGAGUUGCUCAUGAAGCAGGAUAGUAGUAGCAAUGGUGGAUUUUAUACCAGAUCGGCUAAUGGCCUAGCUCAGAGGCAGAAAUCUUCUAGCCGAUUAGCGUUGACAUCUUAUUCCAAACAGAUGGUUUAA